AUGCGAAGCUUAAAUUAUCCUUUUUCUGAUCGAAAAUUAAUUGGCAGUGAAAAAGGAUACUCCGACGUUGUUCUUGUGAUGCAGAGAAAAAUGCUUUUCCAACAAGAAACGACGAAAGAUAGUGGAGAAGUGGAGAUAGGAAAAAAAGGACUUUUGUCGAAUCCAUUCUUAAGAGAUUUUAUGAAUGUGAAAAUCCUGCAAAGUACCAAUUACAUUACUUGA